UUGCUUUUCAAAGUGCGCCAUAUUAACAUUGCGUUCCGUCUCGAUGCUCUGCAGAUGUGAAAUUUAUUGCAAGCCCUCCGUCCAUGGUAGCAGCAGGCAGCAUGGUGGCAGCAGUGGAGGGCCUGCAGACCAGAAUGGCGGGCAAUGCCGCGACGUCUCAGAAGCUAACGGAGCGGCUGGCACAGACCAUCCGGAGUGACCCGGACUGUCUCAGGGCAUGUCAGGAGCAAAUCGAGGCGCUGCUGGAAACCAGCCUCCGACAGGCACAACAACCGCAACAUUCGAUUACCAUGGAAGCUAAGAACAUCAGCGAGGGGCAGGAUCUCUCAACUACACCCACAGAUGUCCGGGACAUCAACAUCUGAUGGUGUGCCGCAGGUCGAACGGACAGAGUAGACAGUCGUCCUUUGACAAAUACACACGUGGCUGUGUUUUUACACGAUGGGCUGCGUAACUUGGAGCGCUCACAAGUAACUGGACUCGACAGUGUAUCAGAAACUGUUCAUAUGAAGUCCAGAUUAAACUGUGGCGGGCGACCAGUAAAUGCGGACACCAUUGCGUGUCCAGGACAUUGACAACCUCAAGACUGGCAUUCAGCCGACAACGAAAGAACGGCUGAAAGAGUAAUGCUGUCUGUUAAGUGUGGCUUCUUACCCGUGGGUAAUGGGUAAGAACCAACCAAGGGGGUGUUUCAGGGCCUAGAGGGCCUGCCUGAACCCCACGCAUCCGAGACUGAAACUUCUUGUUCCGUGGCCCAUAUUUAUCAAAGAAUAGAACAUAUAAAAAUGUAAAAUAAUUUGCUAAAGUGGAAAAAUAUGACUGAUUUUAUCCAGCAAACCACUUAAGUGUUGGAGCAUCAAAUCAAAUGGAAACAGAACAUGGUGUAACAUCCUAUUAAUUAAAUGUGCGUUUGGACCGAUAACUGAAAAGCAGCAGUUUAAAACUAUUCUUUGUACACUUUCCUUCGCAUGACAUGUUAUACCUCUACUGCAGUCUACAGUCAUGUUGUCUUAUAAGAGGCUCAAAUCACAAACGGUCUCUUAGCUCAGGUACGUUUUUAUUGAUCCUUUAAUUUUAGCGGUUUGAUUAACACUGGCUCCGGUCAACAUGUAAAGUAAGAAAUCGAUUACCAGUCCUGUGACGAAAAACCAGAUGGUUUAAAAAAAAUACAUAGGGUGUGAUAUAUUUUACAGUAUGAGCUGUAAUGUUAUGCUUGAAGACAUGAUGGACAACAGGCAAAAAAAAAAGAUCAAUGGUAUCCACAUAACAUCAUCUGGCGCAAAGUGUUUGUGAACUGCCAAACUGAAACUACUCUUCAGAUGGGAUGCAAUGUAGUGCACAUGUUACACCACUAGAGGGAAGUGGAGUAUUUGGGAUGCAGUAGCCACCAAACAUAGUCAGUUUUUGGGUUGACAUUGGAGCAAAGGGACAUCCAACUGCAGUAUCGUCAGCCCAAGAGCAAGAACGUCUGACGUCAACAACCAUUGGGCUUGUGUCAACACUUCACGUUGCAUUCACCGUGUGCAUCAGUUCUGCUUUUAUUUAUUAUAUCACUUGGCCUUACAGCUAAAGGUUGAGUUGUUCUGAAAGAGAAAAUCUGUUUAUGGAUUCAGCUGCUUUAUUUACUUGAAGGUACAACUAUUCUGAUUCUUGAAUAGAGAAGCCUCAAGUAAUUGAUUUUCCUACAUAAUGGUAUGAUGAAUUUAUUUAGUUUAUUUUUAUUAAGGGCAAGCUCAUGACAAGCUUGUAUCAGGUUAAGCCCCAUGUUGGUGCUUUGUUGAUGUAAAGAUGAAUUAAAGGAAAACUGAUCACUCUG